CCCGCGGGCCUGCGCGGUCCGACGGCGGCCCGUGCGCAGCGGUUCCGAACCGGCCCGCGCGCCGCCCAUUGUGACGCGGGCCCGGCGGCGGCGGGCAGAGCCGAGCCAUGGCCGAGGCGCGGGAGCUGCUGCUGCAGCUGCAGAAGGACAACCGCGACGGGCGCCUGCGGAAGCAGGAGCUGGAGGAGCUGGUGCGCGGGCUGGAGGCCGAGAGCGAGAGCCUCGGCGCGCGCCUGCGGGACCUGAGCGAGCGCGAGCGCAGCCUGCAGCGGCGGCGGAGCCGGGCGGCGCGCGCCCUGCGCGGGGAGGCGCGCGAGGCGGCACGGGAGCGCGCGGACCGGGAGCGCGGGCUGCUGGCAGCGGCGGAGCAGCGCAGGCGGGACCUGGAGCGACAGAACCGUCAGCUGCAGGAGCAGUGGGAGGAGCUGUCAAGCCAGCUCUUCUACUACGGAGGAGAGCGCCUGAGUCAGCAGCGCGCGGAGCAGCAACUCGAGACCCAGCUGGCGGCGUUGCAGACACAAGUGGAGCUGGUGGAGGCGCAGCACGCCAUGCAGGCGGAGGCCCUGCGGCAGAGCGCACGGCGGAUGGAGGAGGCCUGGGCCAGCUUCCAGGAGCAGAGCGGAGUCUUGCAGGAGCUGCAGGGGAAGGUGAUGGAGGCGGCGGCCGCGCUGGACGCCUCGCGGGGCGGCCCGGAGCCGUGCGACUCACAGCCUCGCCGGGGGCAGGACCGCGCCGGCUCGCUCAUGGAGGAGGUGGCCAGGGCGGACUGUGAGCAGCGGCUGUUGGGCGGCGCGGGAGCGGCCGGCCGCAGGCUGUGGGCGCUGGGCGCGCCGCGGACGCUGCUGCUGCUGCUCCCGCUGGGCGUCGUGGCGCUGCCGCUGCUCUUCCUGGCGCUGCGGAACCCCUCGGCCCUCCGGCGCGGGCUCGCGCGCCCCGGCUCGGGCGCCGCGCUCCGCCGCCUGCGCUACACGCUGGCCCCGCUGCUGCAGCUGCGCGCGCGCGGCCUGCUGCCCGCCUAG